AAAGGAGAGAGUUCUCACCUUUUCUGUAGCUUCUUUGCAGAGAUUUUUACCCCUGUGGGCUGUUGCUCUGUUUCUUCAGUUGUUCCAGCUUUUUGAACUUUUGUAUGUGUAUGUGUGGUGGGGGGAUUGCAGACAAGCAUUUGUUACAAAUUUUAAACUCUGUUGUGUUCUCUACUUCCACAUGGUUUUUUAGAUGCUUCAUCUUUCCUAAACCUAAGAAGGUAUUUAAUGGAAUUAUUUUCUAUGUCCGCACCCCUUCCCAGAAUUACCUGUCAUUUCUUGAGGGUUGCCUUUGGUGGUUGAUUGUUUUCCUCAGUGUUCUUUUUUCUUUUUUUUUGGUACCAGGGAUCGAACUCAAGUCCUUGCACUUGUGAGGCAUUCGCCAGAACCAAUGAGCUAAAUCCCCGGCCUCAGCGUUCUUUUUUAAGCUUGUGUUUUCCUUCACUGUUGGAGACCCUGGGUUGUCGGUUCAUGUUGGUAGGUGAAUGGCCUGUUGAGUGUCACGGGGAAGCUGGACUAGACUUCUCUCCUUUGUUUUCCUGGCACAUCUGUACCCUAAAUGGAAAGAGGACUGACAGACUUUGUGUAAGUCCGCAGAACUAGUUUAUCAGUGUGCUUUGCUUCCACCUGGAUAUGUGAGCGAGCAAGGAGAUGGGCUGAGUCCUUCUCUCGUAUCGGAAUAAGGAGAACCCCAUCCUGGCCUCUCUGAGAGGCUUGUCCUCCGUGACGCCUCAGUCAGACCAGGAUUCGGAGCCACAGAAAGAAACGUUCUAUUUUCCCCACCGCGUGAGCAUGGCUUUGGGCUUGGUGAGGGCCGGGCAGCCUUUUUCUGGGACCAGAGCGUAUGUAUUUGAGGCUUGGCCGGCAGUAAGCUCUGUUUUGCAACUGCUUUCUCUGCCUUGGGAAAGCAGCCUGGACAGCACCAAGAAAUGAGCUUGGCUACGUUGUGUAACACUGCAUUUACGGGUACCAGCUUUGGGAUUGUUCACACAUUUUUCACCUGUCAGAGCUAAUAUUUUUUCCAACCAUUGAAAGGUAUAAAACUAAGACACGUUUUAACUUGCCACGAAGGAGUAAAUGGUGGCUGGAAGAUUGCCCAGGCGCCCCGCGUGCUCUGUGCUCUGCGCUCCCAUCGCUGUGACUGAUCCUGUACGCUGCUUUCCAGCUGCCUGCCGUCUCCAGCGUGUGUGUGCUGGUCAUGCUGCCGGCAGGGGUGGAUUCUCAGCGCUUGCCGUGCUGAGAAAAUGCGACCGGAAAGCACCUGGGACGGUUCUGACGCCAUGGAUUACCCAUGUGUGCUUUAGAUUUCUUUCUGGAAGCCCUGCGCCCACCCUGAAUAUUGAAUUUAUUGUGGAACAGACCAAUGGCCACUUCUGCCUUGAAGCCAGCUGUGAACUGAAUCCAUCAGAACCACGAGCUAAGGAAUACGUAUCUGGGAAGAGUGUAUUAGCUGCCUGUGCUAUUGCUAGAACAAAAUACCCAGCGCCUGUAAGUAAAAGGAAGAAGGAUUGAUUUGGUCAGCUGACUCCAAAGCAUGCCCUCCUGGCAGAGAGACAUGGCUGCUCAUCUCAUGACAGCCAGAAGCAGAAAGAUGGAAGAGCCGAGUAAGAGGCAUGGGACUCCUCUGCCCCCACUGCACCCUGCUUCCUAACGGCACAUAUGGCUACAAUGAGUAGGACACCCUGAUGAUCCAGUUCUGAAAGGCCCAGCUCUGGACGUAAGAGUCUCCCACAGUGCUGAUUAAAUUUCCUUUUCACCAACAUGAAAGACAGUGACGUUUGUGCUAGUUCACAGGCAACUGAGGUUUUGUUCAUAAAAUCUUUUCCUACACCAGUGUCUUCACGAGUUCUUCUUAACCUCUCCUAGUCAGUUUAGUGUUUGUGUUAA